AUGGGGAGCUCAUCCUCUUCCUCUGAUUCAGCCUCCUCCAUGGCUUCAUCUUGGUCUCUUGCUCACUUCCUCAACCUUGAUUCACCUCUUCUCCUUCCUCUUCACUCUCAGUCUCAUCACUUCCUUCUUCAUUGGAGACCAUUACCCUCUUUGAACAAGGUUCACUCCAAUCUCAAACUCCCCUUGCUCACUCUCACUACUAAUGGGUCAUUCCUCUUCUUGGUUCUCCUUUCCUCCCUCAAUCUCUCACUUCAGACUGCUCCUCAGAGAGACAUCUCUCUCAUCUGCUUUCCUCUCUUUGAUCUCACUAUCCCAAAUCCUUGCAUCUUAAGCCUUUCUCUCUUUCUUGCUUUCUGA